AUGAUACAGAAAAAGAGGAGAAAAUGUCUAGAGAAAAUGAGCGUAAGGACUUGUUGGAGGAAAUGGUGAACGAAGUUUUGGACAUGAGUGAUGAAGAUGUUGAUCUAUUUAGUGAUGAUUCAGAGGAGAAUCAUCCUAGUGGAGAUAGUGGGGACAGUUCUGAUAGCAGUUGCAGCCCACCGAGAAAAACUAGAAGAACAACAUUACAUACAGAGCUUUCCAGUGGGGAAGGUUGUUCAAAAUCUAUUACUGACAGAAUCAAAUCAGUUGUAGCCAAUUUCAGUGAGAGUGAUUCUUCAUCAGAUGUUUCUGAAGAACCUGUAGUGACUAGUGUAAAUUCUCUGACUUGGGGUCCAGUUUCAGGGAGUAACAUGAAGAUUUUUGACUUUGUUGAAAAUAACCCUGGUGUUCCAAACGAAAUUGCAGUAAAUCUCCAUGAAAAAACACCUUAUGAUUUUUUCAAAUUCUUCAUAACAGAUGAUGUUAUUGACUACAUGGUGAAGGAAACUAAUAUCUACGCAAGUCAGACUUUACAGAAGGGUAAUAUCAAACCCCACUCCCGACUUAAAAAGUGGUAUGAUGUAACUUCUCAAGAAAUGGAACGAUUCUUAGGUGUCUUGCUUUGGAUGGGCCUUAGCAAGAAGCCAAGACUUCCACACUAUUGGUCAAAGAACAUUUUGUAUGACAAUUCAGUGAAAAAGCUUAUAUCACGAAACCGCUUUGAAAUGCUUCUGAGAAUGUGGCAUUUCUCCAACAAUGAAGAAUGUCCUCCUGGUGACCGUCUCUUCAAGAUCCAGCCACUUCUUGAUCGUCUUCUUGAAAGGUUUCAGAUUGCUAUAGUUCCAGAUAAGGAAAUCUGUAUUGAGGAAACUGUGGUACCAUUUCGUGGACAUCUGAGUUUCGUAGAGUACAUAAAAAACAAACGCCAUAAAUUUGGAAUAAAACUUUUCAAACUUUGCCUAAGGGACAGUUACACCUGGAAUGUGAAAAUUUAUUGUGGGAAGGAAGCAAAAUCUGGCGUUCCUGUUUCAUCCUCAAUUGUCAUGAAGCUAAUAGAAGGUUUACUAGAUAGUGGACGUGUUUUAUAUACUGAUGGCUACUACACCAGCAUCCAUCUAGCUCAUCAACUCCUUGAGCGUGCUACGUAUCUGGUGGGCACACUAAGAAGUAACAGGAAACUAAACCCACCAGAUGUAGUAAAGACAAAGCUGAACAAGAAUGAAGUAAUUGCUCGAGAAAGUGACACAGGAGUCAUUGUCCUCAAAUGGAAGGAUAAGAGAGAUGUAUUGAUGCUAAGUACUAUGCAUGGAAAAGACACUAAAGGAGUUGAAACAAGAAAAGGUGUUGUAGAGAAACCACAUAUGUUCGUAGAUUAUAAUAAUUCAAAGACGUUCAGUGGCCUCUCAGAUCAACUGAAGUCAUAUUCAUGUUCUUUGAGACAUGGCAUAAAGUGGUUCAGAAAAUUAGCAAUAGAGCUAAUCACUGAAUUAGCUUUGGUGAACUCACUUGUUCUCUACAGACUUGUGAACAAAAAGAAGAUCUCAAUCACAAAAUUCAAAGAACAAGUCUGUCUAAAACUGCUCCAGACAGAUGAAACACGUAUUGCAGUGCCGUUGCUCCCGUCGCCAACUGUGACUUGUUCUCUCACAAACAUGGGCUCUGCCAGAAGAAGAUGUACUGUGUGCUAUGAAAAAACACAAGCUGAGAAAGGACGUGAAUAUGCCAUGAAAAGAUGUAAACAGACAGCAUGGAAAUGCAGCAAAUGUAAUGUGUACUUUUGUGAAUCAAGCCAUAGGUAUCAACCAGAUGUCAACUCUGAAGGGAAGAUUUUUAUAAAGAUAGACUCACACCAGAAGGUCCCUGGCAUGUAUAAUGAGGAUACUUUACUGAUACCUGAGUAUGAAAAAGUCUCUUGGUAUGAGGACCAGUUAGAAAGACAGGAGGGCAGGCCCACAGAAGAAAGACAGUAUAACUGCAGUGAAUGUGGGAAGUUUUCCCAGAGCUCAGGCCUUGUUUGACAUCAGAGAAUCCACACUGGAGAGAAACCCUAUGAGUGUGAUCACUGUGGAAAAGCCUUUAGUGUGCGCUCAACCCUCACUGUGCAUGAGAGAAUCCACACUGGCGAGAAGCCCUAAACUUGUCAUGAAUAUAAGAAAGUCUUCAGUGUAAGGGCACACCUGAUUAUACAUCAGAGAAUCCACAAUGGAGAGAAACCCUAUGAAUGUAAUGAGUGUGGCAAAGCAUUUAGUGUGAGCUCAGACCUGAUCAAACAUCAGAGAAUCCAUACAGGUGAAAAACCUUAUGAGUGUGAUGAGUGUGGGAAGGUUUUCAGUAUGAGCUCAGCCCUCAUCAAACAUCAGAGAAUACACACAGGAGAAAAGCCAUAUGAAUGUAAGGAGUGUGGGAAGGCCUUCUAUGUGAAUUCAGCCCUUAUUAAUCACAAGAGGAUUCACUCUGGAGAAAAGCCUUAUGAGUGCGGAGAGUGUGGAAAAGCAUUCAGCCAGAUCUCAACCCUUAUUCAUCACCAGAGAAUCCAUACUGGAGAGAAACCAUAUGAGUGUGAUGAGUGUGGGAAAGCUUUCCGUGGGAGCUCUAAUCUUACUAAACACCAGAAAAUACAUGCCAAAGGAAAGUGUCAUCGGUGAUUUAUGUGGUGAAUAUAUCCCAAAGACCUGUUGUCAUAUCAGAAGAUACCAUCAGAAGAUGAGUAUGGUAAAAGUUAAUGUCUUAUUUGACACUUCAUCCUUUGGAAUAUUAAAAGAAGUAAAAAGUCACUGAAAAGUGACUCCCAUCAGCAUAAUGAGUAAGGCUUUAAAAUCACAUCUGCUUC